CUGAGUUGGACGUCUACGACACGUUCGUGUGGACUGCAGUUGGAGAUGAUAAGAAGAUUGCUAAAGUUCUUGAAAAAUUCGAUGAACAUUACGAGCCAAGAAAAAACGUUACCUAUGAAAGAUACAUAUUUUUCACCAGAGCACAAGAAACCUGUGAAACCAUUGACCAGUAUGUCACAACAUUAAAGAGGCUUAGUGACACCUGUGAAUUUGGGACAUUAAGAAACACUCUCACCAAGAACAGAAUAGUCCUGGGAGUGAAAAAUCAGAAAAUUCGUGAGAGACUUCUUCGUGAGCCAGACCUAACCCUUGACAAAUCACUUGAUUUGGUUAGAGCUGCAGAACGUACGGAAAUGCACAUCAAAGUAAUCAACGAUGGGUCAGCGGUACAUGGUAUAAAUCACAAGAAAAGUAAAUUUAACGAGAGAAAUUCUCAAGAGGAAAACUCAAAGAAAUCCAAUCGAACAGAGAAUUCUUUAACGUCUGAGGUGUUCAACUGUCGUAACUGUGGAACUAAACACAAAGGGAAAGAAUGUCCUGCAUAUGGGAAAACGUGUCAUCGCUGUCGUAAAUCGAAUUAG